UAAAUUUAAUGAACAAAGAGUGAAGUCCAUACACCACAGAGCAACGGUCAGCUUUUUCCAUUCAGUCUCUUUCUCACUCUCUGCUUUUUCUUAGCUCUUUGCAGAAAAGAGAUUUUGGAAGGACAGAAAACAAUGGUGGAAUCCAAGUUAACGUACGAGGAAUGUAGGAGACAGAGACUGGAAGAGAACAAGAAAAGAAUGGAGGAGCUUAACUUAAGCAAGCUUGCUCAGUCUCUGAAAACUUCGAGUCCAAAGUCAUCUCCGGUGAAGCGGAUAAAGCCCAAACCUUGUCUGCCAGUGGAACCUUCUUCAGUGCCACUCAGAAGAUCCAGCAGAGUUGCAGACAAACCUCCUAGCUCUUACAAGGAAGUUCCGCUGGAACCCUUGGGCAGGCUAAGAAGGAGCUAUCAAAGAAGAGAUUUGCUGAAUCGACAAUAUGCUUCAGAUGAAGUAAGACAAUAUGCAAUUGACAGAGCAGAGCAAAUUCAAUCUGGAUUAGACUCAGACUGGCCAAGUUUUGUGAAGCCCAUGUUCCAAUCACAUGUCACUGGAGGCUUUUGGCUGGGUCUGCCGGUGCAAUUUUGUAAAACGCACCUGCCUCAUUGUAAUGAAAUGAUAAGUUUGGUGGAUGAGGAUGAAAAUGAGUUCCAAACAAAAUACCUUGCAGAUAAAACUGGUCUUAGUGGUGGAUGGAGAGGUUUUUCCAUUGAGCACCAGCUGGUUGAUGGGGAUGCAUUAGUCUUCCACUUGGUCAGGCCAACACAAUUUAAGGUAUAUAUUACUAGAGCAUACGACACUAAAGACGAGAAAGAGAGAGAAGGAGAAGAAGAAGAAGAAGAAAAAGAUUUGGAUGUCACACCGUCGGGAAGGAGAGCAAAACGAAGAAGACCAAGGUUCACAGGUGGGAGAGAAGGAGAAGAAAAAGAAAAGGAAAGAGAGAGGGAAAGUGAAAUGAUAUGCAGGAAUUGUGAGUCUUGGGUACUCCGGGAGUGCUUGAAAUUGUUGCCUCAUAAUCAAGUUCAUGUACAAUUGCUAUUUGGCAGGCAAAACGUAGCUUUGGAUGUGGCAGAACAGAAGCUAGCUAUACAAUGGGGAUUAGGAAUUGGAUGUUUGGUGUAUCAUCUUUUUUUCUCUCCAGCUGUAGAAGCUUAUUUUAUUCAUCAAGUGCUUUUCAGUUGUCUGUCUUUUUGCAGUACAUAAAACAUUUGCCAGAAAUUCUCUGUUUUUUACUUUUUUUUUUUUUUUUUAAAUUGGUUAUUGCUCUUAAUACAAAUUUUAAUUAAAAUGUCAGAAUUUAACUCAGCAAUCCAAUACCAAGUGUUGGAUGAAACUCUAUUUUUUUUUUUUUUAAUUUCUGAAGUUUAAUAUUAGAAAUCCCAUUUUUCACUUUUUUGUUUUUUGGUUCUGAAAUUGGUUAUUGCUCUUAAUACAAAUUUUAAAUUAAAAAUGUCCGAAUUCAACUCAGCAGUCCAAUGCCAAAUGUUAGAUGAAACUCCAUUUUUCAAAUUAAACUUCUUUUUUUCUUUUUCCUUUUUUUUUUUUUUAUCUGACCGAACAAUUCAAGAAGAGCACAUUUCUACAUCACCGCAGCACUUGAUCCUAUACAAAUAUCAAAAAAUCUUUGAAAAAAUGGUUAAGGAGAAUGCCCCCAUGCAGGAUCGAACUACAGACCUUCAGUUUACAAGACUGACGCUCUACCACUGAGCUAUAGGGGCAUUUUGGCUAACUGCCAUCAUGAAUGUAAGGAUCACUAUUUGUAUUGCUGUUAUUGCCUCAUACAACCUUUAU